AUGAUCUUGCCAACAAUCGAGAAAGCACACGAUCUAUUUGACAUUGAAAAAAAGCAACAAAAUGAGACUCUUGCGUCAGAUUCAAAACUUCUUCAUCUCGAUGAUCUGAUCCAUUCCGAUUCAUACAAACAGUGGGCGCCAAUAAUUCUAUCGAAAUGUAUGCAUGGGAUGGAUAAGCAAGCUGCACCUUGUAUGAAAGAAGCCAAUAUGAUCGAAGCUCAAGAACUUAUUUAUCCUGCAUUUCGUCUUAAGUUGCCAACAUUUGUUCAUUCAAGUAUGAAGACCAUGUGGAUCACUCAUUGCCGUCUCGACAAUCGGUGGCGUAUUUUAACAGAUCAUUUGUGGGCGAACUUUGCUGUAUUUCGUGGUCAGAAUAUAAUCUUUUCGAAUGCUGCAUAUCGAGGAGAUCCACCACCAGAUAUUUGGUCACAUAACGCAUGUAUGGGCACUAAUGCUUCCUAUAUGUCAUUUUUGCAUGAUCUCGAUGGUAACGUAACUGAGCAGACUAACGACAUAAGCGUUGACACGCUAGUUAUUGCUACAACUCCAGAUUCGUGGUCUUUUCAGCAUUUUAUGGAUCGAGUUGUGGCUGUCUGGAGUCAAGCACAACUUGUCAUCCCUACUACAGCAAAAAAAGACACAGUCAUUAUAUCUGGUGAAACACCUCGCGAUGCUAUUGUGAAUGAACUUUAUGAUCUGAUAGCUGGUCAACACUUUCACAAUUUGAAAUCAGUGUAUGCAAAGCGACUUGUAUUCUCUUGUCGUGCGCCAUUGUUCCAUCCUUUCACAACUAUGCGAAUUACGGAAACAAUUUUUCAGUCGCUACCACCAUCAAGUUCUUCACAACGCAAUGUCAUUUUAUUUCUUUCAAGAUCAAUUGGAGGUAAAACACGCAAUGGUGGACGACAACUUUUAAACGAAGUGGAAGUGAUGAAAGCUAUCUCAGCGAUGUUAAAUGCAACAGGACGACCAGAACAACUGCAGUAUUUCCAUCAUGACGAGUUUAACGGACUUGAAGAUAUUGCAACUUUCAUGCGGGAUCGUGUGAAAAUGAUGAUUGGUCCACAUGGUGCAGCAUUCUACAAUUCUCGAUUCGCUCAGCCGCGCACUGCAGUGAUUGAGAUUAUUCCAGAUCCUGAAAAAUUCUUUAGCCCGUGCUUUUGGUCGCAGGCGCGACUACUUGGUCAAGACUAUUCAGUUCAUAUCGGAACCACUCAAAAUGAUGCACUUGAUAUGACACUUGACGAUAUUGAUAGUGUAGUGCAGCUCGUCCAAGAUCGAUUGGUGUACUUGGAUAACUCUUAUCGAGUGCAGGAUGCGCUUCUGCAUACAUAUGACUGGGAUACGGAGGUUCGCCCGGAGGACUAG